AAUAAUGUAUCUCUCUAGCACCCGCAGACGUAUUCUGGCAGUCACUGGUCGCCAAUGCACACCCGCAUCCGCGGCGGCUCACAAAGCACCCGGCAUACGACACGCCUGCAGCCGGCACAACAACCGCUGCAGCACCAAUCGCACUCAGCGACCCGUACCCAGCCGUCUACCACGCAGGCUCCUUCCCCUGGCUGCUGAGUGCCGAGCGGCAGCGCAUUCCCCUGGACCCGCUGGCCACCGGGGGCCGCGAGGCAUCGCUCCCAAUGGCAGCCCGGCGGUACCUGUCACGCGCACUGAACCGGCAGAUAGCGCUGGCGGCACUGGGUGCCCAGGCCAUGGAGGACAUUGCGGCGGGGGCAGCCAUGGCUCUGGAGCACAUUGCCGAGCUGUUCAGCGGCAGUGAGUCAUCAGAGGAGCUGCAGCGGGCGCUGACAGGUCCGCUAUUCGCGCGAUUCCAGGACGAGCUCGGGCGGCUGGCGCGCGAUAACGUGCGGCUUGUGCUCGAAGUCAAGCAUGUCAACAGCUCGAACAUACGCACAAUUCGUACCCAGAUCGGCUCGGCGGUCGGCACUAUCGACCAGGCCAAGGCCUCUGGGCUGCGUGCUGGGCUGGCCCGCCAGGCCUGUCCAGGUCAACGAUGUUCCUGGGAGUCGUCCAUGCGCAGAAGGCAGAGGACGUGGACAGCUCGUUUUAAGGAUCUGGUGAGCGCCCUGGGCGGCGGUGAGCCGGUCAGGAUCCGUGUGGAUGUUGAGGUCAACACAGACAUGCGGUACCGGCUGAUCGGCGGCAAAGACGGGUGCUCCACGACGAUUGUGGAUGACGACGCAACAAGAAACACAAUGGUGACGCUCGAGUCGAGCAUCAUUGACGGCGCGUCGCCGCUGGAGUGGCGGGUAGCUGAUCUGGACUACCUGCUGUCCAGCGAGCAGCGCAUCCGGCAGGAGUUUUCAGAGGCAAACAGCAUUUGAGCAGUGUUGAAUACAUUAGGUUAA